AUGGAAAAAACCCAAAAAGUCUCGGCAUUUCGGGAGUACAUUCCCCCCCAGGAUUCCCAGAGAAGCAUCGAGCUUGCAAAAUCCGACACUUAUGAGUGGGCCAAGCUGCGCUGUAACGAGCCCUUCAUGGUUGGGUGGAUGCAAAAAUGGGACAAACUACUCAAUGAGCCCUACAAGGGGAUAUCUGUUGACGGUUCUGUCAUCUCCAAUCUUUACCGCCUAGGUGAGGAGUCCGAGGACCUCGGGGCUCCUACGUCCGAGAUGGUGGAGGCAGCACAGAGUGUGCUCGAUAUUGCGACGCCGGAGCAAAGAGAAGCCCUGUGUAAACCUAUCGACGCACCGGAAUGGCGGUGCUGGAUCAAUCCUGAGAUAUACAUAUUCAGGAACGGCGUUCGCCUCGAGGAGGUUUCAAAGGAAUUGGUCGACGCGCUGCACGCACUCAUGCGGGCAAGCCUGUCCCAGGCUGGGUACGAAAAGGCGGUCGGGUGUAUGAACACAAACCAGUUCCUUGGCGAGGUCGUCAAUGGCAAACGAGUUCUAAACAGGGACUCUUACAACUUUGUCAUUUUCGGCACGCCUUCUGAAAAGGAGCCAUGGGGCUGGCAGCUUUACGGCCAUCACCUCGACUUGAACGUGUUUGUUGUUGGGAAACAGAUGGUUGUUUCCCCCGUGUUUUUGGGAGCAGAACCCAACGUCAUUGAUGCCGGACCAUAUAAAGGCACUGAGCUCUUUACUGAUCAAGAGCUGGUGGGCUUGAAGUUGAUGCAAUCAAUGGAUAAGGCUGAACAAAGCCGAGUCAGGAUUUUCAACGAAUUAAGUGGUCCAGAGUAUCCCGAGUCGCGCUUUCAUCGCGCUGAUCAGCGACAUUUGGGAGGAGCCUUCCAGGACAACAGAGUGAUUCCGUACGAAGGCGUCAAGGUGACGGGGUUUUCCACAUCUCAGCAAGACUUGGUCCGCAGACUUCUUGUCUUGAGUCUGAGCUACCUUCCAGAGAAAGCGCUGGCUGUCAAGAUGAAGGAAAUCUCGCACCACUGGGAGGACACGUAUUUUUGCUGGAUCGGCGGGUGCCAGGUGGGAGAUGCCUUCUACUACAAGGUGCACUCUCCUGUUGUCAUGGCCGAAUUUGACCAUCACAGUGGGGUGUUUUUGAAUAACAAAGUGCCCUUGCCCUUCCACAUCCACACUCUGGUAAGGACGCCGAAUGGCAACGACUAUGGCAAGGAACUUCUCAAGCAGAUCGAGCAACGGCGAGAUAGCACAGCAUGA